CUAGAGAGCACAGAGUUGGUAGAAUCAGAGAGGCAAGUGUUGAAUUUAGGUCACCUCUCUUUAUUGGUGUGAUAUAAAGUUGAGAAGUUGCUUGGAUUUAUACAUCCGUGCGAGUAAUGAUCAAUUCAGUGUAUACCGUACCAUCCGUGAAAUGCGUAGUGCCUGUAGUCAAUAGCUAUGUUUGGUCACAUUAGUUUUAAACCAAUUUCACAUAACCUUAUUUGAUUUGUGAGGUGCCAUCUCUACCGUAGGAACACUGCCUGGGAGGCGAUUGUAUGUCGUGAAGACCGGAGAAAAUAAACCAAUCGAUUUGUUGAGUAUUUACCCGGACAAAAAACACACCGGGAAUUCAUUUAGUCAACUAAUAAAGUGUCCAAAUAGCCAUAUCAUAACAUAAGUGUUUCAGUGAUAAAUAUUUUGGAAUUUUUUUUAGAUCUUAUUUACAAUGAUAUCCGUGGGCGUGUUUUAUUUGCCCGUUAUGAAACACGAAUUGCAGUUCUUCUGUAUCCACCUUAGUCUAGACAACCUACUUUCAUUUUAAACACCUUGAACGUAUCGCACCGGUAUUUGUGUGUUUAUGUAAUGAUCCAGUAAUACAUCGCUCCUGUUUUCGAUUAGAACCGAUAGUUUGCAAAUAUUUGACUAACACCGAAUCACCAUAAUAAGAAAUAAAUGUGUUCUAUCAUGAAUUAUGUGUCUCUUGGGAUAAUAAACUGGUGAUUGUGUUAGUGGCUUUAAACAGGCUUGCUUUAUCCCCAAUAAAUUAGACUUGCCUUUCAUAUAAUCGUUUUUGAUAAAAUAUUUACCCAAGGUUAUUGGGAUCCACAUAUCUUUCGGCUAAAUCCGACAGGAUUGAGCAUCAAACAUAUUUCUGGACAUUGCAAAGCAUUUAAUGUGUAAUCAAAUUGUCAUCUGAGUUAAACUAGAUUUGACUGUCAAUUGCCAACAUAUCGACAUGGCAUAUGUGCAUCUCUUGACGAUAUCUUUGCUCCUUAGCGGAAUCCGUUUUUCUGAAGCUGUAACCCGUUCUUUUUCUGUGGCUAAAAUAACGACUUUAUUACCAAGUAAUGGGGAAUAUAUGUUUUCUGUCAAAAGAGUUGCACCUGCUAUAGAAGUAGCCGUAAAGCAGGUUGCAAAACAACGAAUUUUGUCGUACGUAAACCUCGUUGUAUAUUAUGCUGAUUCAAAGUGUUCAAUUUCGGAUGGUAUGAACGAAGCUAUAGAUUACUAUGCUAAGAAAAAAGUUGAUGUGUUUUUUGGGCCAGUGUGUGAUUAUUCGGCAGCACCAGUGGGACGUCAAAUAAAAUAUUGGAACAUACCUAUGUUAACAGCAGGGGCUAUUGCUGGUGACUUCGGUCGCCAUAAGAAGGCCACCUUCCAGACAAUGACAAGGGUGGGGCCUCAUAUCAAUUCCUUGUAUCAAUUCAUGAAAUGUGUCUUGACGACGUUCAAUUGGAGAAAAGUGAAACUAGUUUAUGACCCUAAUGGCCAAGGAUACAUCACAGAAUUAUUUUGUCAUAUUGCCACUGAUGGACUUCACAAUGGGCUCAGAAAGAACCAUUUCACCCACACGUAUUUCAAGUUCCACAAUCCAAGAGAUAUUUUUGAUUCAAUGAAGACAGAAAUAGGAACAGAAUACUCAGUUGUCGUUUUGUGUGCAUCACCAAAUUCUGUUCGAGAAAUAAUGAUAAAAGCUCAUGAACUGAACUUCGACAAUGGUGAAUAUGUCUUCUUCAACAUUGAUUUGUUUAGCAGUAAAAAUGAAAGCCAGACUCCUUGGUACAGAGCUGACGACUCACAAGAGAGAAAUGAAGCUGCUCGAAAAUCGUACGAAUCAUUAAUGACGGUGACAUUACGAAAGCCAACGUCCCCGGAGUACAAGAUAUUUUCAGAGGAAGUAAAAAGAAAAGCCAAAGAGCUAUAUCCUAAUUUCACCUAUGGUGAAGAAGAGGUUAACAGUUUUGUCGGUGCAUUCCACGAUGCCGUUAUUCUUUACGCCACCGCCCUUAAUGAAACACUGGAGGCAAAUGGCUCUAUUACUGACGGUGCUGCUAUUACCAGCCGCAUGUGGAAUCGCACAUUUGAAGGUAUUACUGGAACAGUGAGUAUUGAUGCAAAUGGCGACAGAAACGCGGAUUAUUCUUUGUUAGAUUUAAAUCCUAAUAAUAAUCAGUUUGAGGUGGUGGCUAACUAUUAUGGUAAUAAGAAACAAUAUGAACCAGUACCUGGAAAGAGGAUUCACUGGGCUGGAGGUAGGACAGGUCCACCACCCGAUACACCUGUCUGUGGUUUUGAUGGAUCGCUUUGCCCACCAGAAGAACCAUUUCCAGAAUAUGGUAUAGUAAUAAUAGUAUUGGGAUCUAUAUUACUUAUUGUUUUGGUUACCGUCUUCUUUAUAUACAGACACAUUAAGCUAGAGGCAGAAUUGGCCGAGAUGAAUUGGCGAGUCAAGUGGGACGACAUUCUCUUUGGGUCACCCGAGAAGAACCAUAAACUAGAGCGACAAGGGAGUCGUAUGAGUUUAAACAGAAAAUAUUCGUAUGCUAGUUCAUGCUCUGGUGACACUAUAGCUGUUCACCUGAAUGAUGGUGCCAACAGGCAACUCUUUACAAAAACAGGAUACUAUAAGGGUGCCAUUCUCGCUGUAAAACCCAUUCACAAAACCAAUAUCACCAUAACCAAGAGUCUACUGAUAGAAAUUAAACGAAUGAAAGACCUACAGAAUGACCAUAUUGUGAGAUUUGCUGGAGCUUGUAUUGAUCCACCCCAUGCUUGUAUUUUAACUGAAUAUUGUCCUAAAGGAAGUCUACAGGAUGUUUUAGAAAAUGAGCAAAUAAAAUUAGACUGGAUGUUUCGAUAUUCUAUCAUGCAAGAUAUAUUGAGGGGACUCUCGUAUUUACACACGAGUGAAAUAAGGUGCCACGGGAAUUUAAAGAGCACUAAUUGUGUCGUUGACAGCCGAUUUGUGGUGAAAAUCACAGAUUUUGGUCUUCAUUACUUUAGAGAAGAUAACGAAGUGGAUGAAGAUGAAAAUUCAUAUGCCUUUUAUAACAGAAAAUUGUGGACUGCACCUGAAUUAUUGAGGAUGUCUACAAAACUCCCCGGUGGGACACAGAAAGGGGACAUGUACAGUUUUUCUAUAAUUUGUCAAGAGAUUGUAUAUAGAAAUGGUGUCUUUUAUCUUCAUAAUCUAGAUCUUAGUCCAAAAGAAAUAUUUACUAAAGUACGGAAUGGUCUAAGACCCUAUUUUAGACCAACAUUAGAUGAGUAUGAUUGUCCCUGUGAUGAGUUAGCUGCUGUAAUAACCAGAUGUUGGGCCGAGGAUCCAGCAGAAAGACCAGAUUGUCAAGCCUUAAAAUCAAUCAUAAGAAAAUUAAAUAGGGACGGAGAUAAGGGAAAUAUAUUAGAUAAUUUAUUAUCAAGAAUGGAACAAUAUGCUAAUAACCUGGAAGCUCUUGUAGAAGAAAGAACAUCAGAUUAUUUAGAAGAGAAGAAAAAAGCAGAAGAUCUUCUUUAUCUAAUGUUACCAAAACCAGUUGCUGGGCAGUUAAUACGGGGAGAAUCCGUUGCGGCAGAAACCUUUGAACAAGUAACAAUAUAUUUUAGUGAUAUCUGUGGUUUUACAGCUCUCUCAGCUGAAAGUACACCAAUGCAGGUUGUGAAUCUGUUAAAUGAUCUGUAUACAACAUUCGAUUCUAUUAUAGAAAAUUUUGACGUCUAUAAGGUGGAAACUAUUGGUGAUGCUUAUAUGGUAGUAUCUGGACUGCCGGUUAGAAAUGGAAACCUUCAUGCCAGAGAGAUAUGUCGGAUGUCUUUAGCAUUGUUAGAUGCUGUUUUAUCAUUCCGUAUUAAACACAGACCAGAUUUACAACUAAAACUUAGAAUAGGUUUACACACAGGAUUUGUUGUAGCUGGUGUAGUAGGAUUAAAAAUGCCUCGUUAUUGUUUAUUUGGUGAUACUGUUAAUACAGCUUCUAGAAUGGAAUCAAACGGAUUACCAUUAAAGAUUCACAUGAGCACACAGACCAAGGACAUAUUGGAUCAGUUUGGUAGUUUUGAAGUUGAACUUAGAGGUCAAGUUGAUAUGAAGGGAAAGGGAACACAAACUACUUAUUGGUUAUUAGGAGAGAAGCAAAUCAACGAUAACACAACUUCGAAUCUGGAUAUUUUAUGACCUAAGUGAACAAAACCGCCCGUCGCACACUUUGCUAAUCUAUUUAUAAUUAUGGGUGGAACCUAGCACGAACGUUCACAUUUGUGUGGAUUAUCCGAAAUCAGCGAACACCAGAUAGCUUAAGACACAAUCACGUAUAGUUUGGACUAUCCACGUCAAUUUCUGACAAUCGUUUUUAUUGUGAUUAUUUCACGUUUAUAAUAAGUUAGAUGUGAAUUGUAUAAAAACAUUAACUUUUAGUCUGUGCCAAGGAUACAUCAGUUUUUUUAAAUACAUAUCGCAUCAAUUGGAUACAAUCAAAACCUUGUACUAUAUAGGAAUAAUCAUCUUUGAUUAGGACAAUUAGGCCUAUUACGCGAGUGUGUCAUCAAUCGACAUUUGGUAAAUACAUUCGUUAGGAGAACUAAAUGGGCAUUACAAGUCUGUUAUUGUUUUAAUAAAGUCAAUGAUAAAUUGUUGCAUCGAUUGUGCUUGUUUGAGUCGGAUAAAGAUCAUUAAUAAAAGACAAUGAUAAAGAUCAUUAAUAAAAGACAAUGAAAAUGGAAAUGAAAUGGGGGUUAACGUCCAAUUUUUCUACAGCCGGACUAAUAAAGACGGGCAAUGUAAUUGAAGAUCACUUCAGUGAUAAUAACAAAUUUAUACCUCAUAUCAUAAAUAUAUAAGUAAUGUUAUGUUAGUAAUGUCUACCGUAAAUAUCGUGUAAUGUCUAUAUAAGAAUAAAAUACGUACAUGUUGUUAUUGAUGGAUAAACAAUGGAAAAUAAUCCGUUAAAUAUUAUUAUCAUCACUGCUAUUGUUUAUUGUUAUUACUAUCAUUAUUAUUUUAUGAUUGUUUGAUUGAUUGAUUGAUAACUUAACCCUGUGAGAUUUGGAAUGAUGUUUGCUCAAGCCAAAUAAAUAAAAUAAUUAAAUGUACACGUAUUAAAUAAAGAGUUGGUAUUAUUUA